GCACACACCACCAACUUUUUUGAUAGAAUUCAAAGCACAAUUAGAUAGUUUUUGAAGUUGAUUUACCUGAGAUGAAGAUGUUCCAUGUGCUUCUGCUGUUGGUAGCAGCCUUUUCCGGGCCAGCUCUCGCUGGCCGCAAUUUCAACCAGGAUUUCGACAUCAUCUGGGGUGAAGGCCGGGGAAAAAUACUCGAUGAUGGGAAGCUUCUUACCCUCUCCUUGGACAGGGCUUCCGGUUCGGGAUUUAGAUCCAAAAACCAAUACAUGUUCGGUAAGGUAGACAUGCAGAUAAAGCUCGUUGCCGGUAACUCUGCUGGCACGGUCACGACCUACUACUUAUCUUCCUUGGGGCCUAACCACGACGAAAUUGACUUCGAAUUCCUUGGCAACCUCACCGGGGAGCCUUACAUCCUGCACACAAACGUAUUCGCACAAGGGGAAGGUAACAGAGAGCAGCAGUUCUACCUCUGGUUCGAUCCCACAACGGACUUCCACACCUACUCCAUCUUGUGGAAUCCUCUCGGCAUCAUAUUCUCAGUAGAUGGAACCCCCAUCAGACAAUUCAAGAACCAUGAAACGAAAGGGAUACCUUACCCCGAAAACCAGCCAAUGUGGAUCUUCUCAAGCCUCUGGGACGCGGAAGACUGGGCAACGAGAGGGGGGCUCGUCAAAACUGACUGGACACAAGCCCCUUUCACAGCCUCCUACAAACACUUCAACGCACUGGCUUGCACGAGCCCUUCCGGCUCCUGCUCCAAUAACUCAUCUGCCAAUUCGUGGUUUUCACAAUCACUGGACAAUCCUGGGAUAGAAAGAAUAAAAUGGGUGCAAAAGAACUACAUGAUCUACAACUAUUGCACCGAUUCUAAACGCUUCCCAAAUGGAUUUCCACCAGAGUGCUCCAUUAUAUGAUACUAUAACUGAACUACUCAUGCAUUCCUGUUGUCUUUGAUCACUAGAACCAAUCCUUGCGCUCGGAGGUUAUGAUGAUCCCCUGCUGCACGUAUGUAUACAAGUGUUCGUUUAUUCAUUCAGUAAUAUGUUAAAUAACCGGAGCGAAGCAAGCAUUAUGCAACAAAA